UCAGCUUUCAGAUUUGAUCAUUUAAUAUGUUAAAAAGAUUUUAGUUUUCCAAUGGACUUACCUUUUGGCAAUGAACUACCGGAACUCGACGUACUUAUAGUGGGCGCUGGCCUCUCUGGGCUUACUUCCGCCCUCAAAAUACUAAACAAAGUAGAUACGCUCAAUGUAAAAAUUAUUGAAGAAAGUCCAGUGCCCGGCGGACAGCUUUGCUCCGAAGGUAAACGAUUUGUGAAACAGGAUCAGUCGGAGCUGAUGGCCUUCUUGAACCAACAGAACGUGACAGUAGACGAGGCUAAGGAGUACGACAAAAUUGAGUCGCUUAGUCGCUGUUGGCAACUGGACCGAGGCCUAACAUCUGCUCCAGCUAAAUUGGAGCUUUGGCGCUACAUUAAUAUGCUCGACAACCGCAUGAAGAAGUUCGACUCUCGUUAUAAGUAUCGCAAGCGGAUCCCAACUAUGGAGAGCCACAUAUGUAAAAAUCUGUUUUUCAAUCUAUCUCGGAAGUUUAUGUACAAUCUGGUUACACUGGCCUCCGGUGUGUCGGCCAAGGAUAUUAACUUUGAUGAGUUCAUGUGUCUGUGCAGCGCAUCAGGCGGAGUGACUCUUCUAGUUGAACUUUUCAAUUGCAGUUAUCUUACCAUGCCGAAAUCCGUGCAGAGUUUGUCCUGUAGGACGCUGCUCGAUACAUUGCUUGAAAAGUUGAAUCAGAAUGAGAUCCAGUGCGAUGUGAAGGCUAUUAAGGUGGAACACUUCAAGAACUAUGUGCAGGUGACGGACUCAACUGGCCAGAAACACAUAGCACAAGCCGUCAUACUGGCUAUACCCUGCGACAAGGUGAAUGCCUUACAGUUCGAACCGCAGCUGCCCAAAAAUUUUCGAACGGUCGCCCGGGGCAAAGAGGAAAAACCAAAGGGUCAGAUAACUGAAUUCUUUUUGAGCUACGACAAUUCGCAUUGGAUAGACCAAGGCUAUUCGGGUCAGUUCUUGAAUGUGGAUCCAUUGGUGGUGGGCCAUGAGAGCAAUUCAUUGGAAUACUCCGGCUACAUGCUGCACACGAAUGGUCAGGCGGACAACGUGCGGGACACUGUGCUGGAUAUGUUGGCAGCUCAGUUUGGCGAUGAAAUGCUCAAUCCCGUGGAUUACAAGCAGCUGACUUGUGAGCUAAGUUCGGCGCUGCACAAGCCACAGGUCAAGCCUUGGAAUCGAAUCAUUUGGUCCAGCUCAGCUUCGGCAGCCACCAGCAAUCGCAAUCUGAUGGGCGGUGCCGUGGAGAGUGGUCUAAGGGCGGCCAUAAAUGCGCUGUUCAUAAUACGGCCGCAGGUGGUUGGAUGGCAGGACUUGAGUGAUGUCCAUGAGCGGAAAAAUCAUUCCCGUGACAGUCCUAACUACUUUUUGAGUCUGAUCAGCCGUCUCAAUCUGUAUAACGUUACCUUCUACAGCGUGUUCGUGGUGGGUCUGAUUUGUCUGCUCGGCUACGGCUAUAACCAUUCGGCCUAAGGGAAGCUCAAUUGAAUCUUUGCACUUAAAUAUCUGUGGACGUCCUAAUUUGUUUGACAUUGCAGACUAGUACCAGGGUAUAGUCGGGCACUCGGUCACUAUUUCGUAGUUUAUUUAAUUUACUCGCCGUAGCCCACAUCUGGACAGAUUAGUUUAAAUAUUUGUGCAUAAUUCCGAGCUCGUCUCGUGGGUAAUCAUUCACUUAAAGAAUCGCAGCUCCAGUCUACAGCGCCAACAAAUUGGAUUCCAUAAAUUUCAAUCAUACACCAAGUAUUAAACCUCGGGCUCUUAGCGAUGAGACAGGCACAUAUGACUUAUAUGUAUACCUGUCGUAUCGAAAGUUUUAUGCAUGUAAAUAUAAUCGUACCAAAUCGGAAGUGAUCAAAAUUUUUUAGCGCGAUUAUCCUGUUUAUGGAAUGAUAUAAGUCGGUACCAAUCGAGCUCAACCAACUGCAUAAUACUCGUUCACAAUUAAAUUUGUUUCAACAUUUUUAUCCUCGAUCAGGACA